UUUUCAAGUUGGCAACGCCGUGAAGAUGCAGCUGCGUGGCAGUUCCUAGCCCACUUCACGUCAAUCGUCCUUUCACGGGAGUGCGCCAUUACUGGCGUAUCGUAUUUUUGUGUGUGUUAACAAAUCAAGAAACAUCCAACAUGGUGAACUUCACUGUCGACGAAAUCCGUGCUAUGAUGGACAAGAAACGGAAUAUCCGUAACAUGUCCGUCAUCGCUCACGUGGACCACGGCAAAUCAACUCUAACCGACUCUCUUGUAUCUAAAGCUGGUAUCAUUGCCGGGGCCAAGGCAGGAGAAACAAGGUUUACUGACACGAGAAAAGAUGAACAAGAUAGAUGCAUCACCAUUAAGUCUACUGCCAUCUCUAUGUUCUUCGAACUUGAAGACAGGGAUCUCGUCUUUAUUACCAACCCUGAACAACGCGAAAAGGAUGAAAAAGGUUUCUUGAUUAAUCUCAUUGACUCUCCCGGACACGUUGACUUCUCAUCUGAAGUCACAGCAGCUCUUCGCGUUACUGAUGGCGCUCUUGUCGUCGUUGAUUGCGUUUCUGGUGUCUGUGUACAAACCGAAACUGUACUAAGACAGGCUAUUGCCGAACGUAUAAAGCCUAUUUUGUUCAUGAACAAGAUGGACAGAGCUUUGUUGGAAUUGCAGUUGGAUUCAGAAGAACUUUAUCAAACUUUCCAACGUAUUGUUGAAAACGUUAACGUCAUUAUUGCUACCUACGCCGACGAUAAUGGCCCAAUGGGUAACAUUCAUGUCGAUCCUAGCAAAGGUUCCGUUGGUUUCGGUUCGGGUCUCCACGGAUGGGCCUUUACUCUUAAGCAAUUCGCUGAAAUGUACUCUGAGAAAUUCAAGAUUGACGUUGUGAAACUAAUGAACAGACUUUGGGGUGAAAACUUCUUCAACCCCAAAUCUAAGAAAUGGGCCAAACAGAAGGAAGCCGACAACAAACGCUCUUUCUGUAUGUACAUCUUAGACCCCAUCUAUAAGAUCUUUGACAGCAUCAUGAACUACAGAAAAGAAGAAUACGAAGCUCUGUUCCCCAAACUUGGCAUCCAGUUGAAACACGAAGACAAGGACAAAGACGGCAAACCUCUCCUCAAGGUUGUGAUGCGCACCUGGUUGCCUGCUGGUGAGGCCCUCCUCCAGAUGAUUGCCAUCCAUCUCCCAUCACCGGUAACCGCCCAGAAAUACAGAAUGGAAAUGUUAUAUGAAGGUCCCCACGAUGACGAAGCUGCCAUCGGUAUCAAGAAUUGUGACCCCAAUGCUCCUCUAAUGAUGUACGUUUCGAAAAUGGUGCCCACCUCUGACAAGGGACGUUUCUAUGCUUUCGGUCGCGUUUUCUCUGGUAAAGUCGCUACAGGAAUGAAGGCACGUAUCAUGGGACCCAACUACACUCCCGGCAAGAAGGAAGAUUUAUACGAAAAGGCCAUCCAACGUACUAUUCUUAUGAUGGGACGUUACGUCGAGGCCAUUGAAGAUGUGCCAUCAGGGAACAUCUGCGGAUUGGUCGGUGUUGAUCAAUUUUUGGUCAAAACUGGUACCAUCACGACCUUUAAAGAUGCUCACAAUUUGAGAGUUAUGAAGUUCAGUGUAUCGCCGGUCGUACGUGUCGCUGUCGAACCCAAGAAUCCAGCCGAUUUGCCCAAAUUGGUUGAAGGUCUCAAACGUCUUGCUAAAUCCGACCCUAUGGUCCAAUGUAUCAUUGAGGAAUCCGGCGAACACAUCAUUGCUGGAGCUGGCGAACUCCACUUGGAAAUUUGUCUUAAAGAUCUUGAAGAAGACCACGCUUGCAUUCCCAUCAAGAAGUCCGACCCUGUUGUAUCGUAUCGUGAAACCGUCGUUGAAGAAUCGAACCAAAUGUGCUUAUCUAAAUCACCAAACAAGCACAACCGUCUUUUCAUGAAGGCUGUACCAAUGCCUGAAGGUCUGGCUGAAGACAUCGACGAAGGAAAUGUCAACCCACGUGACGAUUUCAAAUCACGUGCCCGCUAUUUGGGAGAAAAGUACGAUUACGAUGUGACGGAAGCCAGGAAGAUCUGGUGCUUCGGUCCCGAUGGUACUGGUCCCAACAUCUUGGUCGAUUGUACGAAGGGUGUGCAAUAUUUGAACGAAAUUAAGGAUUCCGUAGUCGCCGGUUUCCAAUGGGCUACAAAAGAAGGUGUUUUGUCUGAGGAGAAUUUGAGAGGUGUAAGGUUUAACAUCUAUGAUGUCACUCUCCAUGCUGAUGCUAUUCAUCGUGGAGGUGGUCAGAUUAUUCCAACCACUCGUCGUUGCUUGUAUGCUUGUCUUUUGACGGCUGCGCCAAGGCUUAUGGAGCCAGUGUACCAGUGUGAGAUUCAGUGUCCUGAAGUCGCCGUCGGUGGUAUCUACGGUGUGUUGAACAGAAGACGUGGCCACGUCUUUGAAGAACAACAAGUCGCCGGUACUCCAAUGUUCGUGGUGAAAGCCUACUUGCCCGUAAAUGAAUCGUUCGGUUUCACCGCCGAUCUACGUUCCAACACUGGUGGUCAAGCUUUCCCACAAUGCGUGUUCGAUCAUUGGCAAAUUCUUCCCGGAGAUCCGCUUGAGCUCAGCUCGAGACCAUACACUGUUGUACAGGAAACGCGUAAAAGGAAAGGUCUCAAAGAAGGUCUACCCGAUCUUACACAAUACUUGGACAAAUUGUAAAGAGGUGGUUUUAGUUUUGUACAGAUUAUUUAAGAUUCAUCUUAAAUUAUACAAUAAAGCAAUUGAUAAUUAUAUUUUUUUUUAUAUACUGGCAGGGUGAAAAUACAUGAAAUCAGUUGUAACUAAACUUUGUUUUUUGCUUCCCAACGCAUUGGUUGUAUUUCAAUCUAUAUUAUGACAACUUAUUUCCAAGUAAAUUGUGUCCAAGAAUUA